AUGCUCAUGGAGGUGAACUGUAUAAAGAGCUACGGAAAUCUUGGUACCUCUCUGAAAGACAAGCCACCACCUACCUACAUAUCGAGCCUCACACAGGCAUUUGCAUACUGUUAUGAGAAGGAUGUGAUUCGUGGGGAUAUCAAACCAGAGAACUUGCUAAUCGACCAUGAGGUUGAUAAUUGGACUUUCGGAUUUCUCUGCUAUGAAUUUUUGUAUGGAGCCCCUCCAUUCGAGGUUGAAAGCCAGAAGGACAAGUUUAGAAGGAUUAUGAAGGUCAACCCGAACUUCCCUUCCACCCUGCAUGUUUCUGCUGAUGCUAAAAGUCUCAUGAGCCAGCUUGUUGUGAAGGACUCGGCUAAGAAACUCUCUCUUCAGAAGAUCAUGGAACAUCCUUGGGUAGUUAAGAAUGCUGAUACCUUGAGAACCUGCUCAAAUUAA